GUGCCUAUCUAAUUACUGAGGGGACAGAGUUCCAUAAUGUUGGUGCAACCACACUAAAGGCUCUGUUGCUGAUACCUCCCCCCCCCAAGUGCAUGUCACCACCGACAAGGUCUCAUCAGUUGAACACCGAGAUCAAGCAGUGAUGGAGGGAACAAGUAUGUCGCUGCCAUGGCCACUCUGAGUGUGAAGCCAGGCCAGAGGUUCACGCUCCCAGACUGGCAUACCAACUGUGACCUCAUCUCGACCAACGCUGAGCGACAGCGGUUUGCUUCUCACCAGAUCAGGCAGGAGGCACGGGUGCUUCGCAAUGAAACAAACAACCAGACAAAAUGGGAUGAGCAUGACAACCGCACACGGCUUAAUGAGCGGAUUGAUGCAGUCAAUCGAUGGAAGGAAACCCUGGACAAAUGCCUCACAGAUAUCGACACGGAAAUCAACGCCAUGACUCAAAUGAAGGAGGAGGCAGAGCAGGCCCUGCAGGCUAAGAACCUGCCAUUGGAUGUGGCCAUAGAAAAUCUCACCCUCCGGGAGAGUCGCCGAGCCAUUGAUGUGGUGAAGGACCCUGUCGAGGAUGAGCUGCACAAAGAGGUGGAGGUGAUCGAUGCUGCCAAGAGAGAUCUUCAGCAGAAAGUGAGCGAGGCGUUUGAGCAGCUUUGCCUUUUGCAGGAGGCCCGCCAGCAACUGAACUUUGACCAUCGGGGGAAAAUGGAAGCCCUAGAGAUCGACCGGACCUGCGUUUCCCUCAAUGUCAACUCUCCAAAUAUCUCCUACAAAGUCAAUCCUACCCGAGUGCCAAUUGGAUCUAUCACUCCAGAGCAAUGGGAUCAGUUCAGCCAAUACAACAAGGACCGAGCGGAAGCAGAACUGAAAGCAGCUGCGGAUUUGCGGGAAGCCAUUGCACUCACCAUUGCCCAGACUGACAACGAACUAGAAGCGCAGCGUGUGGCCACAGAAUUUGCCUUCCGGAAGAGGAUCCGUGAUUUGGAGAGAGCGCUUGAUGAGCUGAGGUGGCAAGAAAAGAAUACUCUGGAAGAAAUUGCUGAGAUGGAGGAGGACAUCAGGCGCCUGGAGGAUGAUCUCCGGAAGAAGGUGUGGAAUCUGAAAUUGGCUCACACCCGCCUGGAGACCCGGACUUACCGCCCCAACAUGGAGCUUUGUCGUGAUCAGGCUCAGUAUGGAUUGACGGAUGAGGUGCAUCAGCUAGAAGGCACCAUUGCUGCUCUGAAGCAGAAGCUGGCACAGUCACAGGAUGCUCUGGAUGCUCUCUACAAACACCUGUAUCGCAUCCAGACAGAUAUCAGCUACAAAACCAACUCCCUGAUGCUGGAUAACAAGUGCAUGGAUGGCAGACGGAAGCUGACGGUCCCUGCUGAGAAAUUUGUGCCAGAGGUGGAUACCUUCAAUCGCACCACCAAUCGCACUCUCUCACCCCUCAAGAGUCGGCAGUUGGAGCUGGCAUAGUCAAAUGGCAUGGGAUGUGCAAUCCCAUGAGUAACACUAAAGAAAGGAUGGGCUUGGGAAGUGAGCAACAUACUCCCUCCCAGUCACUCACUUCAAUGCCAAGCCAGGCUGGUAAUCUGUGGCAUAUUGACAUGAAUUUUCUUCUCCCUCUUGCUUCAUUUCUGCUCUCAAAGUUGUAUAAAUUGCCCCUCUUACAGCUCUGGUGCUCCGAGAAAGUGCGAUAACCAAUAAACAUGU